AUGAGAUAUAUACAUUUAAAAUGAAAUCGAUUUGAAUUGGAAAUAAAUUGAAUUUUCACAUACAAAGAAACAGUUUUAUUGGAAUCAUUUGACAAUGUUGACUUUCUUUUCAAUAACAGAUGUUCCUUAAAGAAAACUGAGGCUGAAAAUGGAAAUUAGAUAGCAAAAAGCCCCACACGUUAACAUGGGGGACCCAAGGUUAUUUGGUGGUAUGGAGGAUAUUUCCUUGAAGAAACAGCUACCUUUAAGACAAACUGCUCAGAAACCCAUGCUUAAGUACCAGCCAGUUGCUAAACAGUUACAUGCCUUCCAUCAGUCAGAUGGUGUUUACUCACCUAAUGAUGUCCAUCAUUCAUACAGCAAUCUCAGUCAGGCAUCAGACAUGGAACCAAUGGUACCAGCCCCUUUUAGGAUAAGUCGAACCACAAACUCUGUUACUAGUUAUAGACAGGGUGGUCAGACUUAUGUUUCACCAAAUAACAUUGGAAAGCCAGUGCCACCUACAAAAAGUAAUAGUAAUCCUUAUGCUCGUCCAUUGAGUGCCAAAGAUAUUGUAAAUGAUCUUCAGAAUCAGCAUUCACAGAAAAUUCAAAAAACUAAAAGUGCCGUUCCAGUUAAUCCUGGCCAAAGUCAAGUGCCUUUUCCAGUUAAUUCUUUUAUGCGACCACAAAGUGCUAUUAAGAAAGAGGCACCUAUAACAAAAGAAAUAAUAUCUAGACUAAAUGAGAACAAUAACCGUGAGCAAUCAUCAUCAUCUAGUGGAUCAAGAACUAGUCAAAUGUCAACUCCAGUCUCAGAAACAUCAAAAUCACCAACUGUACAAAAAACUGUCACUUCAAAUUUAAACUUAAUGAAUGGACAGAUCACAACAAUUGAGACUAAUGGUACAACUGUUAUUCAGAAAGUAACACCACCUGCAAAUUUCAGUGCUCAAAUUAACAACAUUAUCACUAAAGUGACUGAGAAUCCAAAAAUAAUUCAAAAUGGACAAACAAAACCCAUUAUUAGACAAGUGUCUUCUAUACCCAAACCUGGAAGUGCUAGCAGUUCAAGUAAAUCCUCUACCCCAGAAAUGCCUUCGAAAGUUCGUAAUUUGAAUUACACACCAACAAAGCCUUAUUAUGAAGUGAUGAACCCACCCUCGGAAGACGAAGUAGUGUCAAAUAAGACACAGGGCAAUAAACCACUUCAGACAACUGCAACAACUGUCACACCUCCAGCUGAACAAAAGCCCAAAAGCAUUACAAACAGUAGUGUCUCUGCUACUUAUGUCAAAACUACUCCCAUUGAAAAUAAAUCUUAUAGCGGAAGCAAUACCAUUGAAAAUAAAUCUAAUAAUGGAAGCAAUACAAUGUUUUAUAGAAAGGGAUCAAAAUCUGAAGAAAUGUUGCAUGAACAGCGUCCUCCAGCUGUAGGAAGUCAAACUAAAGCAAAACAGAGAGAGAAAUUGGAGAAAGUUGAUACAGAAGAUGGUGCAGAGGAUGAAGGAGACGAAGAUGAAGAUUCAGUACCUGGAGAAAGAUUUCCUGGUGAUGGUGAAGCCAGUGAUGAUUUGGACGAUGACGACGAUGAUGUUAUUGACUGUUUAGAGGAUGACGCUGCAGGAGGAUCAGAGGGUGAAUCUGAUGGUUACUCAAUUACAAGUAGUUUAUCUAGAAGGUCAUCAUCAGGAUUGUCAAGGUCAAAGUCAGCAAGACAAAUAGGAACAAUCAGAUCUCUCAGUUCUACCAGUGCAGAUGAAGUGUCCGUCCGACCAGUGUCCACCACCCGUCCACAAACAGCUGUUGUCAAAACUGUGAUAAAGCAACCUCUGACUAAAAGUUUGUUUCCUAGUGUGCCACCAACUAUUAAUUUUGUUGUGGAAGGGGAAAAAGUUGAACAACUACCAUGGGAAUAUCGUAGACUUAUGAAAUGGAGAAUGAGUCCCAUUACACCUAAUAUAGUUAAACACAGUCUAGCUAGAAUUGGUUUUAGAAUUACUAAACGUAAUCAUGACUGGCUAGGGUGUUGGGGAAAACACAUGAAAUCUCAGGGAUUUAAAGGACUGAAAGAAUGGCAGAAGCUUAACCAUUUUCCAGGAACAUUCCAAAUUGGUCGUAAAGACAAACUAUGGAGGAAUCUAUCGAAAAUGCAGUUGCAUUUUGGAAAGAAAGAGUUUGGUUUUUUCCCCCAAACUUAUUGUUUGCCUUAUGAUAACAAAUUACUGAAACGUGCAUGGGAAGAUGGAGGAAACAAACAGAAAUGGAUUAUAAAGCCUCCUGCCUCUGCCAGAGGGAUAGGAAUUAAAGUUAUACACAAAUGGAACCAAAUUCCAAGGAAGAAAUCUGUGAUUGUACAGAAGUAUUUAAGCCGACCCUACCUCAUCAACGAUAGUAAAUUUGACAUGAGAGUGUAUGUUUACGUCAGCAGUUAUGAUCCACUUAGGAUCUAUGUGUUUGAAGAUGGUCUUGCUAGGUUUGCUUCUUGCAAGUACUCAUCUUCCAUGAAGAAUUUGAACAACAAGUUCAUGCAUUUAACAAACUACAGUGUGAAUAAGAAAAAUGCAGAUUACCAGGCUAAUGGGGAUGAAGGAGUGUGUCAGGGACAUAAAUGGGGAUUGAAAGCUUUGUGGAAUUACAUGAAACGACAAGGGAUCAACACAAAUGCCAUAUGGGAUAGUAUAAAAGAUUUAGUAGUGAAAACUAUUAUAUGUGCUGAAUCUCCUAUCAACAGUUUAAUUAAGUCUAACAGUAAGAGUCGAUACUGCUGUCAUGAACUAUUUGGAUUUGAUAUUAUGUUGGACGAAAGUUUGAAACCAUGGAUUUUAGAAGUGAAUAUUUCACCCAGUCUUCAUUCCAAUUCUCAGCUUGACAUUAAUAUCAAAGGACACAUGAUAAGAGAUCUAUUUAACAUUGCUGGAUUCCGAAUACCAGAUAAGACAGAUGUGUCACACAGUAGUGCUCCAGGAACAAGUGCUACAGAAUUCAGUUCAUACCAUCCACCAAAUGAUUACUGUAUGGACAAACGACUGUUUACCCAACAGAUGGCACCAGAUGAGAGAGCCAAGCAUGCCUUUUACUGCCAAAGACACCAAGAUGACCAAACUCUACAGACAAUGUUAGAUGUUUUAACACCAGAUGACAUGAGAGUGUUGAUCGAGAGUAUAGACGAAGACAGUCGGAAAGGGGGUUUCCAGAGGGUAUUCCCCACACCAAGUACACACAAAUACCUACGAUUUUUUGAAUCAACCAGGUAUUAUAACUUACUGUUGGAUCAGUGGGUGCAGAGAUUUAACAGAAUGGAACAGAAAGGUAUUCUUCUUCUGGAAGCAUUUUGUGAAGAAGGAGUUCAUUUAGAAAACCCAUCAUCUAGUCCUCAUCAUCAGUGGAGUUCUCCCAAUAGUCUUAAUAGUCACAGAGAUCUUAGAAUGCAGAGUGCUCCAUUGUCAAAACACACAGAGAGCAAGGAACCAAAGUCAAUAAAACACAGUGCUUCAUCCUCACAGCUGCCAAAAGUGUCUAAAAAGCCUCCCAAGGCACCAGUGCAUGCAUCCAGUCACACAUCACAAAACGGUUCUGUGUCACUGAGCACAACCCCGUCUCCCUCAUAUGCCCAGUCACCUGCGCCUAGUUACGCAAAUGCUAAAGUGACCGUCAAUCCAAGAUGACUGGCGGUCCGCCUGCCCCCGCUUAAAGAUAUAUUUAAUGGAAGCUUGCCCAUGUUCACCUCACGUCGUUAUCAGCGCCAAGUCAAGUCAACAACAGUCUCCCGCAGUACAGAAUCUGGUGCUCGCAGUGUAGACCCUAGCGAGACUAGAAAGGAAGGAAGGAAAUUUCAAGCUAAGAAAUUUGAAGACUAUUUCUAUUGACUGUCAGAGACAACAGUUGGCUGGUUCACACUUCAUGUUGACCUUGUCAUUGUUCACAUUUUAGUUUGUCCUUUUUAUGUGUAUUUAUUUAUUCCACUAUUUCCCACCAGUAAUUGUUGUAUUGUAAUGAGGGAAGACUUUACAGAUCAAAACAUCUGGUCAAGGAUUGUAGUAAAUACAAUAUUAAUUAAAAUAAUAUUGGAUAAACAGCUUAUCUUCAAUGCAAUCAUUAAAAAUCACAACUAUAGUGAACCUUACAUGAAUAUUGACACUAAUAAAAUUGAGAAUGGAAAUGGGGAAUGUGUCAAAGAGACAACAACCCGACCAUAGAACAGACAAAGAAAGAUGCCAUUUUUUUAAAAAUUAAUCGAUUAAAUAUUGAUUUGUUAUAAUAUGAUUACAUCUAUAGUACUGGUAAAUAGUUUCAAGAUUUAUUUGUCCCAGUACCAUUUGAACAAUGAACUUGAAAAAUUGGUGUGGUAAGUUUUUCAAAAAUAUAAUUUUGCUUAAAAGAAAAAGACUCCCAAAUAAUUCUUAACAGUGAAUGAGAAUUUUUCAAUUACCAUUUAGCAGCACAUUGUAUUCAUAAAGAAGAGAUGACAUGUGUUAAGGGCCAUGUUUAUCCUGAAUAAAAUGCAGGUUUACAAAAUCAUGAUUUAACAUUUGACUAAUUUGUGUGGUCAGUGGAAAGUCUUAACAUUACAUAUUUUUUUACUAUUAUGAAUGCUUUCAUGCAGUAUAUAUUUGCAAUCUGAAAGCCAUUUAAAAAUUAGCCAAAAUAUAUGUACUUUUACAAAUCACUUUUAAAGUGUCCUUUCUAUAACAAUGUUAUUACAUUUAAUGUGAUGUCAUGGCUCUUGAACUAUCUGUCUUUGCGUUGCAUUAUCUCAACUUUUAUACAAAUAAUCUAUAAAUAAUAUGUACAAAUUUCAUUGAAAAUUAUACUAAAUUAUGCCCUUGUCACACCCUGUAUUUCAGGAUUCUUAUGAAAAAUGUGAUAUCAACAUAAUUUGGUGAUUCAUUUUUGACUGAGACAUUUAAAGCAAUAUGCAUACUUUAUCUCUUAAAAAAAAAUCUUAUCAUUACAUCAAUGUGGUGGUAAAGGUAAGAAGUUAGCUUUUCAAGGGAAAUAAUUGACCAUACUGUGUUUCUUUUCAGACUUCAUAGCAAAACAUAGAUAAUAUCAUAUCUGAGAAAUAAAAUCCAUUAAAUAGAAGACUACUUUAAACAUUUAUUUGAUAUAUAAUUUCAACUGUAUAACUAUUGAUUGAUAAGAAUUACUUGACAGUGUUUUUACUAUGUGAAGUCUUUCCCAUUAAGUGCAGUAUUAUCAUUAUGGAUGUGUUUAAUGUAUAUAAUGUAUUGUGAUGCUCAGCACACAAUAAUACAACUAUCUGGUGCAGUAUGAAUGAGAGAUGAAAGUUUAUUGUCUUGUAUUAAACAAAUUUUAGGUAUGGCCUUAAAAUGACACUGAUUUUAUAUAUAUAUAUUCUCAGGGUUUAUGAUAAAAGCUAUCAUUCCAAAUUGUAUUUCAAAUUUAUGAUAUAACCUAGAUUAAAUAAGGGAAGUUUGCUCAACUUAUGGCAUAAAUUUUUGAUAACAAAAUGUACAUUUUGUUUCAUUUUUUUGAAAAGUUGGAUAAAAUCUACAUUUUAGCAAAGAAUGAAAUCUCUCAGCAGAAAAUUUUAAUCAUGAUCUGUCAUAAAUUACAUUGUUUCUAUUUAAAUUCUUUGAUGAAUAGCCUACAAAAGGUUAUAUGUUUAUGCCACACCUACGAUAGUAGAGGGCAUUAUAUUUUCUGAUCUGUGCAGCCAUUUAUUAGUCUGUCGGUCAAGUAUAAGGUUAAAGUUUUAAUUAAAAAUUUAUCGACAAUUUAUAUUAGUAUUAAGUUGUGGUCACUUUGAAAUUUAGUUCAUGCUUUCAUUAUGAUGUGAACCUUUUAAACAUAUAUGUCAAAUAAGGAUUUUGACCCGAAUUUCGUAGUUCACGGAACAUAUCAAUAUGAUAAUGUGAGCAUGGCAUGGUGUCCUGAGGACACUUAUUCUUGCUAAAUUUUGUUAUCAAACAUUUACUUGGUUUUUGCCAAAUGUAGACUUAUGUUAAGGUCUUCUCUUUCUUCAUGAGAAUUAUUAAACAAUGUCUUUAAAGGAACUUAAAUAAGUAAGUCUUUCAGUAAAUGGUUUUUUAUAAGUUUGAAUCUCAUGGUUGUGUGUUCUUAUUAAGUCUCAAGGGCUCUAUGAUGUCACCUGAUUUAGGAAUAUAAUCUCUCUUGUAUUAAAUGUCUCUGAUACAAAAGUUUUUAGAAGUGUUUUAUUGAAUGGAAAUGUAAAAAUGUUUAGAUGAUAAUUUAUUUGUAAAUAAAUCCUGUUCAUGAAUGCUAUGGAGACUGAAUGAAUGAAUGUUUGGAAUAUCUUUAUAUGAAGAAUGGAUGUAGUAUAUGAAUAAAUGAAGUAUUGUAGACUUAUUUGUAGAAAAUAAGAAGAAUGGGUGUAUUUUAUUACACCUUAAAUGAUUUAUGUAAUUUUUAAGUCUUGAAGUUGUUGUUAAUUUUUGUACAUAUAGUUUACUGUUUUAAUAUGGAUUGUACACCAGAAAUGGGACCAAGUGCUUUUCAAAGAAAAGAAUUUACCGCAAAAAUGCUGUUACAAAUUGAUUGUUUAUAAAGUAUCACUUAAUGCAUAUCUAAGUUUGUGUUAUAAUAACUUCUAAACCUCAGUUUUGUUUCAAUACAUUUUUUUUUCGUGCAAGUGGCAAAGCAAAACAACAUUAUGAAUGUUCCCCUGGAAAGGACAUUUUUUUUUCAAAGAUUAUGAAUGUUAUCCAUGAAAAGACAUUAUUUUCCGUAAGUUUAAGAAUGUCAUCCUGAAAAGGACUCUCACUGCUGUUCAAAGUCAUGUGACGUUCUAAUACCUUUACACAGCAUUAACAAGAGUUAACUAAUAACCUUAACUGAUCCAAUCACAUUUAUUUUGGAGGAAAAGUACUGAUCUCAUUUAAUGUAUUUUUAUUAAAGAAAGAAAUGUAUUGGAAUAAACACACUCUGUCAUCACCAGCUUAUAACCUUUGUCCUCUGACCUUGUCAUGACCUUUGUCAGUUAUUAUUUGUUGUUUUUUUUAAAUUUGUGAAACAAAAUUGUUUAAUUAUUUUGUAUAGAAUUUAGAUUAAAUAUAUUAAGAAUAAUAUAAGAAAUUGGUACAAAACUACGUUUCAGUGAUGACACAAAAUGCUUGUCAAACAUAAAUAAAACAUUCCUACCAGAAUCCAAUGUUAUGUCAAACAUUCCCCUAAUAAACUGCAGCGUACAGUGAUAUUUUUAUGUUGUUGAUGUUAUUUUAUUUACAUAUUUUAAAUGGUAUGCGUUUUCAUUUUUACUUCAUUUUAAUCUGUUACUUUUAAGGUGCUAUAUCUAGAAUAGUUGUCCAUUUGUUUUUAAAUGUAUCAUAACUACACACAACACAUUCACAUAAAGUUGGGCACAAAAUUCCAUCAGAUGUAUUUGGGGACAGGCGGGUACAAAAAUAGCUAAAGAUUUUAGCAAUUUUAGUUUUUCAGUUGUAUAUUUAUGUUUAUUUGUAAUACCUUUGAUAUGUAGAAUUAGGGAAUUAAUCAAACUUCAGGGUUUUUAGAACAGGGUUCAAAUUGUACUGCUGUUUUUUUUAUUUUUUUUUACUAAUGAUUGUUUGAGAUAUCAGGUAGCUAGUUUGACUAUUCAGGUUAAAAUGAUAAAAGUCAUAAAAUUAUUUCAUGUUUCAAAAUACUGUUUUUUUUCUAGGUUACUUUUAACCAUGGAAAAGUAAUGACAUUGUAAAAUUAAAAUUUUUAUUAAGAAAAUUAGUGUUGAGAAUUAGCUGGAGAUUUUUUAAAUGUUUUUUUUUAAUUAUGUAACUGAGUUUGUAGAUAGAUAUUAUUUAUUACAUCACUUUCUAUUUAUUUAUUUGCAAAGGCCAAGUAAACUUUAUAUGUAGAUUUUUAUCAUCUGUGUAAGCAAUGGUUUUGGUAAGGAGAUUUAUCUUUUUGAAUCCUCAACAUCUCGAGCAGAUAAGUGAUAUCUACAGCAAUAUGUGUAUAAAUAAAAGGGAUAAAAACAAAAGAAAUCUUAUACUCUGAAAAGAUAUUCUCAUCUUAUAAUAGUAGUAAAGAAUCAGACUGGAAUGAUUAUCUACUAUUGAGAUUUAUUUGGCCACAAAAUUUACAAUAUUAUUUGCUUUUAGAUAAUAGACCAAAGAAGAGAAUUAUGUUGUGAUAAGUCUAUUAGUACAACUCGUAUACAGUGUACUUAAAGAAUUUCUGUGAUAAUAUUGUGUUCUUAGCAAUCAUGCAAAGUAUUCUUGAAUGUAGAUAGUAAUCUUUCUGAUGUAAGCCUGCAUAUGAUUGAGCAGUAAUAUUCCAAAUGUAAGCCUAGAUAUGAUUGGAUAGAAUUGUUCUAAUAAUAAAAAAGUCUGCUUAUUUUUAGACAACAGAUUCUUGAAAAAGGCUAAAUAUGAUUAAAACAUCCUUUCAUUGUUCUAGAAGCUUCUGUGAUAUAUUGUUAAUACACUACCUGAUCACUAGGAUUCUUUUAGCUUGAGAAAGGAGGAGCAUUGAAUAGGAGCCAUUAUUUUGCCCCUGAAAAUGAAAAAAAAUAAUAAAAUUCUGCAAUAAUUGGAAAAUUUGAUUAUGUUACUGAUAAAUUAAUAUAAUUUCAGAUGAUAUUUUACCACUUUUAGGGCAGAAAUAUUAGUUGUGAGCCUAUACAAAUGUUUGGCAAAAUUAAAUAUGAACAAAAGCCUCACCCUAA